UUGUCCUGCGCAGCUGCCCUGACUGCGUUAUAGUUUGAUGCAAAGCAGCGAAGGUGAUGAAUCACAAACUUGAUUAGCUAGGGUCUGAAUUCCAAAGACCAAACCUCAUUUUGCAACAAUGGCAAAAUCGGAUACUCCAAAACCCAACUCUGCCAAAGUUCACCCCUCUAAUGAGUCCGAGGUUGAUCCCAAUUCCUACGCCCUGGAGAAGUUCAGACUUUACGAAACCAGAGCGAGAUUUUACUUGAUCGGGAGUGAUCGUAACAAAAGGUUUUUCCGAGUCUUGAAAAUUGAUCGAUCAGAGCCCUCCGAUCUCAGUAUUAGUGAAGACCCCGUGGUAUAUACCCCUCAGGAAAUCAAGAACCUGCUACAGCGAAUCGGAGAAGGCAAUAAGGCCACUGGGGGGCUGACAUUUGUUACAAAGGUUUUUGGGAUUGCAGGCUGCAUCAAGUUUCUGGAAUCAUAUUAUUUGAUUCUGGUUACCAAGCGCAGGCAAAUAGGUUGUAUAUGUGGUCACGCAAUAUAUAGCAUAGAGGAGAGCCAAUUGAUAACAGUACCACAUGUCACAAUUCAAUCUGAUAUAGCUCACUCUAGAACUGAGCUGAGCAGGUACAAAAAACUUUUAUCGAGUGUUGACUUGACAAAGGAUUUUUUCUAUAGUUAUACCUAUCCUAUAAUGCAAAGUUUGCAAAAGAAUGUAUUGUCCAAUGAAGGUGAAGGGAUGCCUUAUGAUAAUAUAUUUGUUUGGAACGCUUAUUUAACACAAGCAAUCCGAUCAAGAUGCAAUAACACCCUUUGGACAAUAGCUUUAGUUCAUGGUCAUUUUAAGCAGGUACGUCUAUCAAUCUUUGGAAGGGACUUCAGUGUUUGCUUGAUUUCUAGACGAUCAAGGCAUUUUGCUGGAACACGGGAAGAACUGAAGGAGGAGCAGCAAAUCAGUUAUUUGAAAAGGGGAGUCAAUGACCGUGGGAGAGUUGCUAAUGAUGUUGAGACGGAGCAGAUUGUUCUUUAUGAAGAAGCUGGGUCUUGCAAGGGGAGAAUGAGUUCAGUUGUGCAAAUGCGUGGCUCUAUACCACUUUUCUGGUCUCAAGAAGCUUCUAGAUUCAGCCCUAAGCCUGAUAUCAUCUUGCAGAGGUAUGAUCCUACAUAUGAGGCAACGAAAUUACAUUUUGAAGACCUUGCUCAGAGAUAUGGCAAUCCAAUUAUUGUGCUUAAUUUGAUCAAGACUGUUGAGAAACGACCACGAGAAAUGAUGCUGAGGCGUGAAUUUUUUCAUGCUGUUGGGUAUCUGAACCAAAUUCUACCAGAAGAAAAUCAUCUUAGAUUUAUUCACUGGGACUUUCACAAGUUUGCAAAGAGUAAGUCUGCCAAUGUUUUGGCAGUUUUAGGUGUUGUGGCAAGUGAAGCGCUUGACUUAACUGGUUUUUACUUCAGUGGCAAACCCAACAUUGUAAAAAGGACCAAUAAGAGCAACCAAGCAAGCAAUGGAAGGGAUGCUUCUCUAAAAGAUCCGAGAACUAGUUCUGGAGAUAUUGCAAGGACUGGAAACAGUAAUGAAAUUCAAAAUUCGUUAGUAAAUCAAGACACAGAGACUGACAAUAACCAACAGAACAGCAAAGAUGAUUGUAGUGGAGAAGCACCGUGUUUUCAGAGUGGAGUUUUGCGCACCAAUUGCAUUGAUUGUUUGGACCGUACUAAUGUAGCACAGUAUGCUUAUGGCCUUCAAGCUUUAGGACGCCAGCUUCAUGCUAUGGAUUUAUCUGAUGUUUCCAAAGUGGACCCUGAUAGUAGUAUUGCUGCGGCUCUAAUGGACAUGUACCAGAGUAUGGGUGAUGCUCUUGCCCAGCAGUAUGGUGGUUCUGCGGCUCAUAAUACUGUUUUCCCUGAGAGGCAGGGAAAGUGGAAAGCAACAACGCAGUCAAGGGAGUUUUUGAAAUCUAUAACGCGAUAUUAUAACAAUACUUACACUGAUGGUGAAAAACAAGAUGCAAUAAACUUAUUUUUAGGUUACUUCCAACCACGAGAUGGGAAACCUGCUCUCUGGGAGCUGGAUUCAGAUUACUAUCUCCAUGUAUCUGGGAUUGGAGAUGACCUGAUAUCUGACCAGGGUUCUGAAAUUAUUACUAAGCCUUCUCGUAGAACUGGAACAACGCUGAUACCUGUCCCAGCUUGUAGAGAAGACUUCUCACGCAUAAAGUUGACAUCAUUUGACAAGUUGAUUGAAAAGACACGAAGUGAAAUUAGGAAUGUAAGACUUUGCAGUGAUCCUGAUCAGAAACCAGGUGGUGGUUUUGGAAACAGUGGGGUUGCACCUGAUGCAGCUGAGAUACAACUCAAAAGCCCAAAUUGGCUUUUUGGCCAGAGAAAGUAUGAAGAAGGUGCUGCAGUUGGAAAGGCUGCUUCACGUGAAACUGAUAUUGACAGAUCUCAAGCUGAGACAAAGGGCAACGGUUUUUACAACCUAAACUGGCUUUCUUCUGCUAAUGAUUUGAAUGAAGAGGAUGCUUUCCAACGGUACCUGACAGUGACCUCUAUUAAUGAGGAUAAUGGUUGGUACGGAGGCACUCUUAUUGGAGAUCAAAAUGAAAGCAGUGCGAUAUAUAAGCACUAUGCAGCAUUAUGUCAGGGACCAGAGUUGGAACUAUUUCAUAAUGACCUUGAGAGUGAAAGACAUUAUGCAGAUGUUUUGAGCCUGAGUUCAUAUGACAUGAUUAAUGACGAUGUCGUUGCAGCGGAAAUGGAAGCAGCUCUCAAUGAGUAUGAGCAAGUUGGAGCUGACCUUGGCAUCAUCCCCUCGUCUUGUAAAUACUUUGCUGAUGACCCAAGUUGGUUGUCAAGAUGGUUAAUCGGAGAAGAGAGAGUACCAGGGACAUGAUAUUCUACUGUGUCAACAAGUUCGUGCGUGCACGCGCACACAUAUAUUCACUUCAAAUGACUGAAUAUUUCUUUUUCGCUCUUGAUCUAUAGUUUGAUUAUUAUGUUUUAAGCUGCAAAAGAAUAGAAUAGGCUAUUCAAAUACUUCCUCCAGCCUCCAAUUAGUAUUUUCUUGUAUCAAAGAAUUCCAACGAUGGUGAGUUUGCAAACGUGUUGGGUUAAUGGCCAGUCAAACUGCAGGUCCAGCAAAUUUCAAGUGUUGAGUCAUGUACAGUUCACUCAAAUUAAAACUUGAUUUAUAGUGCUUGUGAAGAAUAGAAGCUACAGCGGGUGCUUUGUGCAUUGGGAAUAGAAGCUACUUAUUGCCCAAAAGCCAUGAACAAGGCAUUUCUUUCCCUGUGCCUUUUCUCAUACAAAACUGAACUCUAAACCCUUUUA